CGUGGGCUGCCGUUGCUUUGUCGUCCGUCUCUUUGGUGAGAUUUAGCACAGUGUUGAUUCAUCGAGAAGACAAGCAGACAGAAAGGUCAGAGCGAGUUGGAGCAAAGGGAAGCACGUCGUGGCUGAACGAAAUGUGAAGCACAGGCUCUCGACAACAAUCCUCAGAGGAAACCAAGUUAUCCUGAUAUAAAUAACUCCUUCACAUCGAGCCAUGGGAACCUCUCAGAGCAAGCCCUCUCCUCACCCUCGAAGCGCCACCUUCUCGAGCCCAGAAGGUCCUCAGGUGCCGUCGAGAAUCACAAGGAAGUAUUCGGAGGGUGGCGUCCUGCAUGUUGAUAAUCUCACGCUGUUUGGGAGUGACACGUUAACACCGCCGAUACGAGGAGAUGGUAAUGUUACUCAGAGGGAAGGCUCAGGUCUCCAAGGGGCGUCUGGCGGAGGACCUGGUGAUGCUGAAGGUGUCGUAGAAGAGGAUCAAGAGAAGGAUGAAAAUGCUGGGGAUGUAGAGGAUAAGGAUAAAGAAAGAAAUGCUAGAGGUGUCGACGUGGAGGGUCAAGAUAAAGAUAGUUAUAAGGGAGGUGUCGAGGUAGAGGAUCGGGAUAGAGAUGAAAAUGCGGGAGGUAUUGAUCAGGAGAGUCAAAACACAGAUAGAAAUAAGGGAGGUGUCCAGAGUCAAGAUACGGACGGGCAAGCUGGGGAUGGCGAGGUAGAGGAUGGAGAUGAAGUUGGGAGUACUGGAGGUAUCGAGAUAGAGGAUCAAGAUAAAGAAAGAAAUGCUGGUGGUAUCGACAUAGAAGGACAAGAUAAAGAUAGAAAUCCGGGAGGUGUCGAAAUUCAAAAUAACGAUGAAAGAGCCGGAGGUGUCGAGAAAGAGAAUCGAGAUAAGGAUGGAUAUGCUGGAAGUGUUGGUUUGGAGGAUCAAGAUAAAGAUAGAAGUGCGGAAAGUUUCGAAUCAGAGAAUGAAGAUGAAGAUGAAAAUGGCAAUCGCUAUAGUGCGCGGGGAGAUGGCGACAGAAAUGAGGAAAAGAGGGACAUAGGCACCAGUAAGGCUGAAAUGGACGACAACAGAACAGAAAAUUCAGGGACAGACAUAGAUACAGUAGAUACAGGAAGACACGCACCCGAAACUGAAAAAAAGGAUAUAGGUAACGGGGAGAGAGGUGCAAAAGCAGUAACAAAACCUAUAUAUAUAGACACAUCAAAGCGAAACACAUAUGCAAAUGCUGGAAGAACAUACGUAGACAUGGUUGAUAUUGGAAGAAAUGUAAGCAUGGACAGAACAACAAGAGAUAUUGAAAUAGAAUAUGUAGAAACAGGUUCAAGUAAUGCAGAUGGUUUCAUUACUGCAAGUGACACAGAUACAGACUUUGAAGAACAAGAUGCAGAUACAAACACAGAUACAUACAUUGCAGGAAUAGACAUAGACGUAGAUGCAUCUGAUGUAAGGCAAGACGAGGAAACUGAAGGAGAAAUACACAGGGCUGACGUUGAGACAGAUAUAGAUAGUACAGUAAAAGACAUAGAUGGAUAUGAUACAACUGAGAAAUGUGAUGCAAUUAAUAAAGGAUGGGACAUAGAUAAAGAUGAUGAAGGAAUUGAUACAAAUAUAAGUAAAACAGAGAAGGAAACAUCAAAUGACGAAGAAGAGAGAUGUAUAUUGAUUGAGGAUUCAGAGAAGAAUGAAGCUGUGAAAGAAGUAGACGACAAGGUAGAUGCAGGGAUAGCUAUUCAUGAAAAUGGUCUUGAUAAAGGAAGAGAAGCAGAGACACAAAGUGAAGGAAUGGAUGCAAAUAUGUGUAAAAGAGAAGAGGAAGCGUCGACUGGUAAAGGAGAGGGAUGUGUAUGGACUGAGGACUCAGAAGGGGAUGAAGAUAUAAAAGAAAUGGACGAUAGUGUAGAUUCAGGAAUAAAUACUCAUGCUACAAGUCUUGAUAAAGGAAAGGACGCUGAAAGAACAGAAACAAAUGUAUGUGGAACAGAGAACGGAAACCUUAAUGGUAACGAAUAUAGAUGUUUAUCGACUGAGGAUCAUGUGAAAGAUGAAGAUUUAAAAGAAGUGGAUGACAUGGUAGACACAGGAAUAGAUAUUCAAGACACAGGUGGAGCGAAGCGAGAAGCUGUGAGAGAAGCAGUUAACGCAGUUACAGAAGUAGUAACAGAAGCUGUCACGGAGGUAGUAAGGUCUGUCAUGCCUGUCAGUGACACAAAGAGCAUUGAAUGUGACAUAGCGGCACCCACUCAAGAAGCUAUGAAAGAUGCGAUGAAUAUAGCUGCAGCACCUGCCUUCCCAGCCCCGUUGAUUAGGGAAUCAUACAGUCAGGACGAGGACCUUGAAGAAGAAUGUACAGAAGCUCCUCUAGAGAAAGGUCAUCUCCUUUCUAACAGCGUCGCUGACUUUAUAGAUAAAAUGAAGAACUACAUGAAGGAUCAUCAAAGUGAUGAUUUGCCCCAUGUCACCACCGUCGCUGCUGAAGAUGCGGACGAUGGCAGUGCUUUAAUGCGGCUCGUCAAGAUUGUCGUGGAGGAAGCCGCAGCCGUGUUGAGAACCGUCUUGUCUUGGGUCUUCCCGGAUAAGAUGCCCUUGCAGCGGUAUGACCAGUACCUCCUCAGGGACAAGAAGAUGAACCGUGCCUCUUUCCGCAGCAUCUUCAGCAAGAGCCACCAGGAGAGGCUUCAGAUGGAUCCCUCAGGAGCCACCUUUGACAUCUUUCUCUUAUGUCUCCUUCUCGAACAUGGCACCGAUAAAUUAGCUCCUUCUGGGGACGAGUUCUGGGUUCAGCCUGGAGAUCACCUCGAAUUCCAACUGACGUCCCUGAGGGAGUUCCGCGCGAGCGUUUUCCGCGGAGGCUUCGUCACCCAGAAAAAUCUCAUUGAGAAAGCAAAGUCAGCAGAGGAAACACUGACGAAGAUCCUCAAAAGUGCAGGAAGCAUCAGUGAUGUCGAGUAUGAAGUGAUCACUCAGAAGAUUCAGGAGAUAACUGAAAAGAUUGCAAAUGCCAAGAGUGAUGCAAAUGUUCAUUGGAACGUUAGCAGCUAUGGCGAGACAAUUCUGAGUGAGGAAAAGGCACAAUUGUUGGUCCUCAUGGGUUCACCAGAGCUCAGGCGUUCAUAUGACAAUAUGACAUGUCAAGGACUAGUGCCAGUUAAGAAUAUAAAGCAGCAUCUACAGCUCGAAGCAAUUUUCAUGGAGGUAGACAUCGCUGAAGUUACAGUUGAUGGAAACUCCAGUAAUGUAGAUUAUGAUGAUCUAUUUAACAUUCGUCCUACACAACAGCAUGGCACAGACAGACUAGCCUCCUCACAAGCUGUUCUCCUAGAGGGCCCUUCAGGCUUUGGGAAAACUACCCUCUCCAAAAAGCUGAUGCUAGACUGGUCAAAGAAAAUUAAUGUUCCCAGAGGAUUGGAUAACUUUGCGCUUCUUAUACACGUUGAUUGCAGAAAUCCUCAUAUCAAAUCCUUCAAGGAACUGCUAAAAUCAUUGAUGCCCAGUGCAAGGAAACUGUUUACAGAUGACGACGUGGUUCAGUGCCUACGUGAUAUAAAGACCCUCGUACUUGUGGACAGCUUGGACGACUUGAACAUGUCUUCCCUUCAAGUCGUCCGAGAGAUGAUCACGGCAGCGAAAUCAACGAGCAACAUGACAGUUUGGGUCAUGUCAUCUCCUGAGGCCGCCGAGGACUUCCACAAGAUCGUGCUCAGUGAUCUGUCUACCUCACGCUUGAGUAUCAUCGGUGUCCCCAAAGACAGGCGAGGAGAACUGGCAGUCAGACUAUACAAAAACCUUGUUCAACCUGACUGCGACAACCAAGAGUCAAGCGGCUUAGAAGCCUUUGUCAAUGCUACUCCAAGACUGCUCGAGGAAUACUGGCGGUGUCCCCUUAAUCUAGUAUUGGUUGCCUCACUCUGGGCCGCAUCUCCUGAGAGUGUGAAGGACCUCAGAUCAGCUACAGAUCUACUGGUGCAAACAGAUAAGUUAUGUCAGAGGGAUCUUUUGGUAAUCUUGAACAAAAACCCAAAUACCCGGCAUUUCGAUGUGUCAGAGCUAAAGGACAAAAUAAAGGUCGUUCUCUUCUGGCUCUGCAACGAGGCUUUGUUCGCCAUAAAGAGAAAUAGCAGCAGUUUAGUGGAAGAAUCCGUAAAGCGACUAAAACAUGCUUGUCACUCUGUUGGUCUCCCUAGUCGUGUCGUAAUGGCCAACUUCCUUACCAUAGAGACUGUCUUGACAGCUUCUGGGAAACAGAAUGUGUACAGGUUUACACACAAGAGGUUACAAGAAUUCUAUGCAGCUGUGGCUAUAAUUAAUAGGCUCUCGGAGAAGGAGAACGACGUGGAUCUUACAAAGGUGCUCUUCGACCUUCAGACAGUCCUCUCCAGCCACAACAUCUCAACAGUUCGAUCCCAAGAGGUUCUAAGACACGCCCACGGUGUCCUAAGCGAGACAUGGGAACACAGGAAGAAGGGUCUCUUCGGAAAAAUCAACACGGUGUUCUCGUCACCUAGAGAAACAGCAGUAGUGACCAUUCUGAGGGAAGGGAGUCAACAUCCGCCCACGCUGCCGAUCUGGAGAUUCCAAAACGUCUUUGCCAUCCUAUUAAGCUUCGUGUCCCUCCUUGGAGAGGAUAUCAGACAGGACACAGCUCGGGAACUGGUCUUACUUCUGGAGCGAACAGGACUGAGAGACAAGGAAUCGUGGCUCGACGUUCUCAUGAACGCGGGAUGUGAUCCUCACGUCGCAAGGGAGAUGGCUCGCUGUAUUCCUGACGUGCUGGACUUAGACGGCGAAAUCACCGUAAGGGACAGCCGUGUACCCGCCUACGCCGUUCUCCUGAAAUACGCUCGACCCUCUAAAGUGACAGUGAACAUCUCCUGCGAUCCAGAGGUGAUUCCGAGCUGCCUGGACCUUCUGAUGUCACUCAGCCAACAUCCAUGCGAAGUCCAGCUGCUUCUCAAGCAUGAUUUCUUGCAUCCGAAGGUCAUCUCGAAUGCUUAUAAUGUGACGCUGCAUCAUGUCUUUCAGUGGUGUCGAGUCUCCAGAUUCGAGGGCCAAGUCACCCCCACAACAGCCCUGGUCUUCCCCGUCUCCCUCACCCACGUGUCCAUUUCUCUGCUGGACGCCGCCCACUACUGCGCUCUCGCCCCCAUCCUUGAAACUCUCCCCACCAGGCUGCCGGCUCUCAACACCUUGGACAUUCUUGUGGGGGAGAACAUGGUCCCAGAAGCACUACACGCUCUUCCCAUGGUGCGGGCUGUCCACCUCUACCUCGCGGGCGUAAGCAGGUCUACCCUCGCGUGGGCGUGCGAAUGCGCUCGCCAGCUGGAGCCUGAGAACGGAUUCGACAGCCUCACAUUCCCUCGGUCGACUCUGAACCAACAGGACACCGAGCUUUUGCAGUCACUGUUAUCUGCUGCCGGCGUAACAGUGCCAGGCGUAGGGGGGGUCACUGUGGUCUGUGCAGAUGGCCAUACGAUAACCAUAGAAUGCACUAAACAGAAGGGUUGUAUGAAAGGAAGGGUCUGAAUGUCCCAAUGGAAAUGUUUAGUAAGGGUCAUUUAGAUAUUUGGUUAUAGAGCAUUUAUUUAUUUAAUCAGUUAAAGAAUAGUAUGAUGUACUGAUGGUCAAAGUGCUGUGUAAGGAACAUCGAGGAUAACAUAGCAUAGAGGAUAAGUAUUCUUUUCCUUUUUCAAUAGUUUGCAAUAGAAGAUAUUUACGUUUUCUUUCUUGUUGUCGAUACUUUUCAGCGGUAACUACUUAAAACUUGUCUUUUCAACCAAACUGCUUUUAUUUUGCUGAUUAGUAUUUACGAAUAUAAAAUGACGAAACGUAUGCAAUUUCCUUUGUAUGAGAAAAGAAACGAGAAUAAGCAAGCGAAUAAAGGAAAUGUUGAAGAUAGUGAUGUUCCAUGAGAUGUAAUAAAUAUUUUUUUGUACAUGCAACGUCAUAGCCAUAUCUACAAAUCUUUUGCUUCUUAUGUUGUUGUUUCUUUGUUUGAAGUUAAUGAUGUAUGGGAGGUAAAUAAAACAGUAUUUUUGA